AGCUCAACUUCUGACAGUUUACAAACUUCCAUUUUCUUUCCCCUUCCCAAUAUCUCUCCAUGCCUCUGCUUCUCUCUCAUUUUCAAAACAUUGUUCUUGUAUUGUUCUUUGAGUAGUAAAAAUAUUGUUUUUCGAGGUAAAACUAAACAAAAAAGAUAUAAUUUUGAUUUGAAAAGGAAAGGAGUUGUUUAUGCUAUACAAUUGACAAGAAAAUUCACUUUGGUUUGUUUGUUUUAUUGGCUUAUAUAUGCUUGCAAAGUCUGACAAAGGUACUGUUUUGGGAUUUUCUGGUCAUAACAAGAGCCUCUACCAAGUCUGCUCAACAGUUGUUCUUGUUGGAGGUAUUGCCCUUUAGUGGGGCUUUGCUGAAUUUGGUAAAAAAUAAAAUGUUGUCUUAGAAAACUAGUCAUGAUAUGGUGGUGGUGAUUUGAAGUUUAAAGAUAAAAAGAUUGAGUAGGUUAAAAAGUGGUGCCUUUUUGGUUUUGUUUAUUAAAGUUUUAAACCUUUUGGCUUAAAUGGCUUUUGGUUUCUUUGGUUCUUUACUAAUUCUAUCACUCUUGUUCAAGCACUUUACUUGUCAACUACCCAAUACAGAUGAGUUUUAUGUCUCUAAUUUCUUGAAGAAAAUGGGGUUAAACUCUUCCAUGUCCUACAACUUCUCUGGUUCUGUUUGUUCAUGGAAAGGGAUGCACUGUGAUACCAAGAAGGAGAAUUUAAUUGGGUUAAAAGCUUCAAGUUUAGGCCUUUCUGGUAUCAUACCUGAUACCACCAUUGGAAAGCUAGCUAAGCUUCAGUCUUUGGAUCUUAGCAAUAACAAAAUCACUGCUUUGCCUUCAGAUAUAUGGAGUUUAGGCUCACUCAAGUGGCUUAACCUAUCUUCAAACCAGAUUUCAGGGUCUCUUCCUAACAAUGUUGGCAACUUUGGUCUGCUUGAAGUUAUUGAUCUUUCUGGCAAUAAUUUCUCUGGGGAAAUCCCUGCAACUAUAACCUCUUUACUUAGUUUGCAAGUUCUUAACCUUGCUGGAAAUGGAUUUGAAUGGAGCAUUCCAAGAGGAAUUCUGAAUUGUAAGGCUUUGGUUUCGGUCGACCUCUCCUCAAAUCGCCUAAAUGGUUCAUUGCCUGAUGGUUUUGGCGCAGCAUUCCCUAAGCUCAAAACUUUGAACCUUGCUAGAAAUGAAAUUCAUGGCCUGGACACAGAUUUUGCAGAACUGAUGUCUCUUACAAGCCUUAACAUUUCCAGGAACUUGUUUAAGGGUUCAGUUAUGGGUGUGUUUCAAGGGCAGCUGAAGGAGAUUGACCUAAGCAUGAACCAGUUUCAAGGUCACAUUUCUAAGGUACAAUUCAACUCUACUUACAAGUGGUCUCAUUUGGUUUAUCUAGACUUGUCUGAAAACCAGCUUAGUGGAGAAAUUUCCUUAAAUCUAAGUCAAGCUCAGAACCUUAGACAUCUUAACCUUGCAUAUAACAGAUUUGCUAUACAGAAAUUCCCUAGAAUUGAAAUGCUUUUGGGAUUAGAGUAUCUCAAUCUGUCUAAAACCAACCUCAUUGGCCACAUUCCUGGUGAAAUUUCACAACUGAGUAUUUUACACACACUUGAUGUUUCAUCCAACCGUCUUAGUGGCCAAAUUCCAUCAUUGGCUAACAAAAGCCUGAAAGUUCUUGAUGUUUCACACAACAAUUUGAGUGGAGAAAUCCCUGUUUCUCUCUUGGAAAAACUCCCAUUAAUGGAGAGAUACAACUUCUCUUACAACAACUUAACCCUCUGUGCUUUGGGGUUCUCCCCCGAGACCUUCAAAACAGCCUUUUAUGGCUCAUCAAACAGUUGUCCUAUUGCUGCAAAUCCUGUCCUUAUCGAAAGAAGCGGUAAUGGACAUAAAGGGUUAAAGCUUGCCUUAGCUUUAACCCUCUCCACGGUCUGCUUGCUUGCUGGGUUGCUAAUCCUAGCCUUUGGUUGUAGAAGGAAAUCCAGGAAAUGGGUUGUUAAGCAACCUUCAUAUAAAGAGGAACAACAUAUUUCAGGUCCUUUUUCCUUCCAAACCGACUCCACCACAUGGGUGGCUGAUGUCAAGCAGGCAACAUCUGUCCCGGUUGUGAUAUUUGAGAAGCCACUACUAAAUAUCACAUUCGCAGACCUCUUGUCUGCAACUUCGAAUUUCGAUCGAGGGACAUUACUAGCAGAAGGGAAAUUCGGGCCUGUUUAUCGAGGAUUUCUGCCUGGUGGAAUUCAUGUAGCUGUUAAAGUUUUGGUUCAUGGAUCAACAUUGACAGACCAAGAAGCUGCAAGAGAGCUUGAGUAUCUUGGUCGAAUCAAACACCCCAACCUUGUUCCUUUAACCGGAUAUUGCUUGGCUGGGGAUCAAAGGAUUGCUAUUUACGAUUACAUGGAGAAUGGGAACUUUCAGAAUUUGCUACAUGACUUGCCACUUGGUGUUCAGGCAACAGAGGAUUGGAGCAAUGAUACAUGGGUAGAAGACAACAAUGGCAUACAAAAUGUUGGCUCUGAAGGGUUAUUAACAACCUGGGCAUUUCGACACAAAAUAGCCCUUGGUACUGCACGAGCACUUGCAUUUCUCCAUCAUGGCUGCUCGCCCCCGAUAAUCCAUAGAGAUGUUAAAGCUAGUAGUGUUUAUCUUGACUUAAAUUUGGAGCCUAGAUUAUCUGAUUUUGGAUUGGCCAAGAUUUUUGGAACUGAUCUAGAGGAUGAAAUUGCACGGAGUUCGCCUGGAUAUGUGCCGCCAGAAUUCUCUCAACCCGAAUGUCAUGCCUCCACACCAAAAUCCGACAUAUAUUGCUUCGGCGUUGUUCUGUUUGAGCUUAUCACAGGGAGAAAGCCAAUCGGAGAUGAUUAUCCAGAGGAGCAAGAAACUAAUUUAGUGAGUUGGGUUAGAGGAUUGGUGAGAAAGAAUCAAGGAUCAAAGGCAAUUGACCCUAAAAUCUGUGAUACCGGACCUGAUUACCAAAUGGAAGAGGCUCUCAAGAUUGGAUAUCUCUGCACAGCUGAUAUUCCUAGCAAGCGACCGAGCAUGCAACAAAUUGUUGGCCUUCUCAAGGAUAUUGAACCAAGAACUUCUCUAUGAAAAAUGAAACAACUAUGUUUGCCUCUUUUUUACUGCUUCUACCUUUUUUUUUUACCAUGAGUUUUUGCUUAUGCCACCAUGGGAGAGGAUGUAGAGUAGCUGUUAAAUUGUGUCUUGGAAUCUCAUAUCUUUGUCUUUUACCUUUCCAUUGUUGGCAUCAUAGUUAUAAUACACAAGUUUGAUCCUUGAAACUUUCAAAUAGAAUUCUCGUUUCAAGUUUUCUUAU